ACAGCCGAUAUAGGCCACCGUACCGGAUUAGCGAAAUCAGCGAAUGGCGGAUUGAUCGCUGGCGCUGUGCUUUCUUGCGAUUUUAUGUUUUGCUGAAGAAAAAGAUACCAAGUUUUUGAUUCAACUUUACCAAGCCCUCGUGUUUCUGAUCGUGAUCAACCAACAUGGCGCGCGGCCAACAGAAGAUCCAAUCCCAGCAGAAGAACGCCGAGAAAAUGGCCAAACUGAAGAAGGGGACCAGUCAAAAGGCUUCAGCCGCCAAGGCACUCACCUACACAUGCACCGUCUGCAAAAGUCAAAUGCCGGAUCCCAAGACCUACAAGCAACACUUCGAGAGUAAGCACCCCAAGAGCCCCCUGCCUGCUGAACUGCAGACCGCCAGCGCGUGAUGACAGGCAUUCCUAGAUACAACAGCAAAAGCAACAACAGUAAGUGUACUUACAGCUAGU